AUGCCCCAGGAGCUCUCCGAUGCUGAGAUUGACGAGAACAACACGCCUGCAGACGCGCAGUCGGCGCUGUCGCCCCGUGCGACCAAGGCCCCGCUGGCCUCCCACCCUCCCGUCUGGCAGCUGAUCGCCGAGAAGAUCUACACCCACCGUCCCCGGCGGGUGCAGGAGGAGGAUGACAUCAUGAUCUGCCAGUGCAAGCACAUCUGGCCCUCGGACACCACCAGCAUCGGCUGCGGGGAGCACUGCCUGAACCGCAUGCUCAACAUCGAAUGCGUGGCGGAGUACUGCCCCUGCGGCGACCGCUGCACCAACCAGCAGUUCACCAAGCGGGAGUAUGCCGCGCUGGACGUCCUGCGUGCCGGGGCCAAGGGCUUCGGCCUCUUCACGCGCGACGGCGUGCGCGCCGGCCAGUUCAUCGUCGAGUACGUGGGCGAGGUGCUGGAGGAGGACGAGUACCAGCGUCGCAAGGAGUACUACAUCGCCUCCAACCAGCGCCACUACUACUUCAUGAACAUCGGCAACGGGGAGGUCAUCGACGCCUGCCGCAGGGGCGGGCAGGGCCGCUUCAUCAACCACUCCUGCGACCCCAACUGCGAGACCCAGAAGUGGCUGGUGGAGGGCGAGCUCUCGAUCGGCCUCUUUGCCAUCAAGGACGUGCCCCCCGGCGGAGAGCUCACCUUUGACUACAACUUCGAGCGAUACGGGGACAAGCCCAUGGCGUGCCUGUGCGGCUCGGCCAACUGCCGCGGCGUGAUCGGCGGCACCCAGGAGACCGCCGUCCUGGCCCCGCCGGUGGUGGUCCCCGAGUACGAGGACGACCCCGAGCCCAUCAUGGUGAGCGGGGUCAAGGCCACGCCCACCCUGGAGCGCCUGCUGGACCGCAUCGUGGGCGUGGGCAGCCACGCCGGGCUGACCUCGGGGGAGCGGAGCCUGUGA